CUCGAGGAUUUCAGCUCGGGUUCUGCCAAUCUUUAAGUUUUCAUAAUUUUACUAUUUCAAAGUAAAUAUAAAGUUUCAUCGUCUAUCUACUUAUUGUUCAAGUGUUUACGAUAAAGUUGAUAAUUAAAAGGAUGCCCAUUCGCUUUAUUCAAUAACACCUACUUCAGACUGAAAAAACUCCUAACGAGAAGAAAAUAGCAAAAUUUGUUCAUUGAGUAAAAUUUUACAUAUCUUUGUGGGUGUAGUGGUAUCAUUUUUCGUUUAGCGCUGAAGCUGAAGUGACAGACAGAGCGAGAAUUAAAGGUGCACUUUUCUCUCCUCAUUGACGGUAGUAGGAUUAAGAAGGGAGUGAGUUUAUGAACGCAUAUUUGACGUAUACACCAGAAAGGAAACAGACUUGUGCGUGAGAAGAUCGAGUGGCAGUAAUGCGAAGGAAGAAGGAACGGGCCGGGUAGUACGAAGUCUUCGAUAGCAAUUGCGAGUCGUCAUUCUCGCAAUUUUGACUACUUAGUAGCCUUGCAGCUUUCGAAAAAUAGCUACGGUGUUAUAUACUUUCCAGUGUUCUAAUUCUAAUGUUUAAUCGUUCCGAUUGUUACGACGUUUGUUAGAAAUUUGUGGCAUAACUAACGCUAAAAAUACAUCCGGAGAAUUCUAGUGAUGCAAUGAGUUGCCGUUGUGCCGCUUAUGACAUUGAGAAUCGACGUAUAAAUGCGAAAAAGUAUAAAAACUGAGAACACUGUGAAUACAGUGAAUACAAGUCAUUCAACUUGAUUGCGAUUAUUCCGGAGAGAUUAUUCCUGCAUUGCAAGUGUGUUUGCUUAGUUUUAUAUCACGUUCUUGAAUGUGUGCAAAAAUAUGACCGGCUUUUCGUGAUUCAAGCAUACAGUGCCACUACGUACAUUUCUCAGACUUGUAUAACUUGGAUUCUAUAGUGUUUAAUUACUCAGUGAUACUUUAAUAAAAUGAACAUGGCACACCUCAAAAGUGCUAGGUUUUUUCACGCAAGCAUGAAUUUGUUGAUUUUGGUGAGCCAAUGGAAAAUAAUGGCAGCAAAUAUUAUUCCACCGUCUGCUUUAGCGGUUGGUGGAAACAGCAGCGAGAAUCAAUUGCACAGCGAUGGUAGUAACAACAGUACCGCUACUAAGCGGACCUGCACUAAUGUGCACACUAUCUUUGAACAGCGUGGUUUUACCGCAGCCAACAUUCCAGCUGACCCAAUUACAGAUAAACCGCUACGAUACUGUGAUGUUCCACCAGGUGGUACCUGUUGUACGCAUACUAUUGAGAACAAACUUGCUGUUCAUGCGAAAACACUUCUAGAACGAAACACCAAAGACUCGAUAACAAAAUUGUCUUCUGUGCUAGGAAACCGAGCUCAGAAGUUUAAUGAUUUCUUCAAACAGUUGCUCACGGAAUCCAAAGCCGAGUUUCACGCCAUGUUCAAGCGAACCUACGGCACAAUUUACGAACAGAACGCAUACGUUUUCUCGGAUCUAUUUACCGAACUGGAGCGGUACUAUGCAAACGGAAAAGUUGACCUUGGCGAAGCCAUGGAUUCAUUCUUCAAUGUGUUGUACCAGAAAAUGUUUACUGUUCUCAAUUCACAAUAUACAUUCAACACAAAAUAUCUUGGGUGCGUCAGCGAGCAUAUGAAAGAGCUAAAACCAUUUGGAGACGUCCCGGAUAAGCUUUCAGUGCAAAUCAAACGAUCCUUCGUUGCUACUCGUACAUUUGCCCAGGCGUUAAAUUCAGCUGCCGAGGUUGCUAAGAAUAUGAUUAAUGUACGGUUAACAGCUGAGUGCACCGCUGCAUUGACGAAAAUGAGUACAUGUAAUACUUGUGCUGGAUUUCUGGAAAAGCCUUGCUCGUCCUAUUGCGUAAACGUGAUGAAGGGUUGUCUACAAAAUUACCUCGAGUUGGAUGCUGAAUGGGAUUCGUUUGUAGCCACGAUGGAACGGGUGUCAGAUAGGCUGCUAGGACCCUUUAAUAUUGUUAUGGUUGUUGAACCAAUAAAUAUUAAAAUAUCCGAAGCCAUCAUGAACUUCCAGGAAACCGGGCAAGAUAUAUCUAAUCGUGUGUUUCAAGGAUGUGGAAAACCAGCUCUUGGCCGUCGAAGACGAUCGCCUGAGUUCAUCCCAGUGCCAGCAUCAAAAACCGUAAUAAGAAAUAAUCGUAACCUGGAAAGGUUACCACCUGUUACGCAAUCGCAAGACGACAGCGACAGUUUUAUUUUUGACGAAGACAAUGUGUACAAUGAUCGUCAUAUUGUUAAAAGGUCAACUCAGGAUUCGUCUAGUCGUGAAUUGAAAUAUGAACCGGUGCAAUUUUCCACUGGAGAAAUCCAAUUCACUAACAACAACAGUCCACCUAGUCAUCACCAAAUACAAAACGAAAAUACAAACACCAACCGUAGCAAUAGGAGGAAAAAUAACCGAAAACAGACUGAUGACGGAGAUAAUAAUCGAGAGCCAAUAGAUCGUCUUGUGAAAGACAUUAGGCAGCGUGUGAAAGAUUCCAAGCGGUUUUGGUCCAAUUUACCUUACAUGUUAUGUAAUAACGAAGAUGUUGCUGCUCCUCCAAGUAGUGAUAGUAGUUGUUGGAAUGGGCACACCAUUGACCGAUAUCUUCAUGCGGUUGCGUCUGAGGUCGAAAAAAAUCCAGAGUUUCCAAACCGCCCAUCGAACAAUCGACAAACUGCAAUAGUGCAACAACAAUUGUAUACACUGAGAACCGCCAUCAGCCAGUUAAGGAAUGCUUACAAUGGACAUGAUGUUGAAUGGACUGAUCAAGAAGAUAAUUACUACGGAAGUGGAUCUGGAGGGGGAAGCGGUAUUGAUGAAGAGGAGGAAAAUGGCUCUGGACUCGGGCCUUGGCCUGAGGAGCAUGAGCACUUCCCAGGAGCAUCAGGACAGCCGGACAGUGGUGCUGCAGGAGAUAACAGUAGAGAUAGUGGCAAUAGCGAUUUUGAUUAUACCAGUCAUAAAACUACUCCCGUCGUGGAAGGCGGUAGCAGUAGUGGCGGUGGAACGUCAACGGUUACCGGAAGUGGUAGCGACCGUGUUCCACCGUUAUCGAUAACGCGAGCGCUGCUUCAAUUCUUCCUGCCGCUUGUGAUUGCUUGGUUCGGCGGCUUGUUUGCUGAUUUGCUGUGAUUCGAUUAAAGUAGCUAUAAAGUAUGUAUAAUAUUUUAUUAUUUUUUAAUUUAUAUCGUCAAAGUUUUAAGUUCUAUUGAAUGUAAAGGCAAGCGCGAUAGUGGAAGCUGAAGAGAUGUGCAUAUAUUUAUAGAUAGAUGCUCUUUUUCAAAUUGAUGCGUUUGUUAUUGUACAUGAUCCAAAUGUGAUGAGAAUAUACCGAGCAGCUGUAUAAGAGAAUACUUACAUUCAACCCUCAAUACGUAACCGACGAUGAAUAGAUCCUUCAGUUCUGUCUAACUGUAUGUGAGCUUUGAAAUUAAUGAGUAGCUAACAUGUUUGUGUUUCUAUGUUCAUAUAAGUAGAACAUUUUCUUAACUCAAUUACUUAAUCUUAUAUCAUAUGAAGGAGGCGAAACACAAUCUUUGUUAACUCUGAUGAUCGUAAUAAGAUUUCCCAUUUCAGCUAUUUCCCAGUGUUUAGUAGUAUUAUAAUUACCGUGCCAGGAUUACCUGAAUUGUUGUCUAUUGCAACGUGAAAUUAAUAUAACAGCAUUUAAUUACAUCGCCAUUGUGUGACGCCAUUCCUUCUGUUGCUCAAAUCUUGUUACAGAUUUUCCAUCAACAAAAAAAGCGAAGGAAGUAUAGGUCGAAAUGCGAUUUCAUUAUUAAUAUUUUAGGCCUUAUCACAACUCUAGUCAAAUUAAAUAGAUAAACCUACUUCCUUCGCGUGAGUAAAAACCACCCGCUAUGAAACAAUCUCAUUCGUUCCUUAUUUUGAAAGGAAACUUCUUUGUUCAAUCCAUUUUACAGCAUUAUUUAGUAUAAAUCUAAGAAACAUACGACUGCCUUUGAUAAAGCUACUUAUUUGCCAACAAAAUGCCACUAAAAUGCUUUGCGUACACAGUUGAGCCUCUGUAAAUAUCUAAUAAUAGAUCUCUAGAUAGUAUAACUAAACGAGCAAAGAAUGUGUCGAUAAAUGCUUAGUAUAUUUAUUAACAUUUACGUAUUGGUAAUAUAUUUUAAUUUAUGUAGAGAAAAUUUAUGUUUAACUAGCGCUAGAUACCUUUCGAAACAAAAUUUUAUUUCAAAUUAAAAGCAAGUAGGCGCUUCAUAACUCUACCACAAGCCGAUAGCCGAUAGGUACAUGUCUGGGGGUACAUGUCUUGUUUUACGUAAACUUGUCUGAAAAACAGCUCUACAUGAUACGCGCUAAAAAGCUGCAUAAUUGAUACAGGGGUUAUACAGUAAAUUUUAAACUGUAAUUCAAUGUGUAUACGCACAUAAUAAAAGCACAUGCAUUUUGGUUGAGUUGUGAAUGCAGUAUUUGCUAUAAAAUAUACAUAGUAUUUGUACAAAAGUAAACAUAUAUAGGAAAAAAUGAUAGAGAACAACUGGUUGCAACCACUCAGAACAAUGAUCAAUAACUGUAUAGCGAGAACAUCCAUAUCAAAGUACCUUUUUGGAAAUUUAACUCUCAGUACGAAUAAUAGUCUCAGUGCAUAGUCUGAUUAUAAAUGCAGAAUUCAAGUUAAUUUGCACAAAUCGAUUUCCAAGCAAACAUGGAUAAUAAUGUUCAUCGGUGAGAUACAAUCGUAUGGUGAUACUGAAUGCAGAAAUGUAAUGCAAAAUUGACCUUGAAGAGUAUUAAUUAUAUAACAGUAUAUGA